CCAGCAGACUCAGACACAGGAUCUCUGCCUCCGCGCCCCGUCCUGGUGAGCUGUUUGUGUUUGCUGUUCCUUUUGUUGUUCUGCUCUGGGGUUUCCUGUCCACCGAGGGAAGCUUUGUUCACACCCUGCCGCUGAGUGUGCUUCAUCCGGCAGCGCUUCCUCGGACUCUUUCCCGCGCCGGACGCAGAGCUUCGCAGAGAAAUCCGCUCUCUGGAUUAUUUCAUUUUAGCGAAGCGCCUCCCGGGAGAAGCAGCCAGCCGAACCAUGGAGCCCACCCCGGACUACGGGUACGAGGACUAUGUGGAGAGCGACAACGACACCAUGUGCGACUACUCCGAGUGGGAGCCCACCUACUCCCUCAUCCCCGUCCUCUACAUGCUCAUCUUCAUCCUGGGCCUCUCGGGCAACGGCGUGGUCAUCUUCACCGUCUGGAAGACCAAGUCCAAGCGGCGGGCGGCCGACGUGUACAUCGGGAACCUGGCGUUGGCGGACCUGACCUUCGUGGUGACCCUGCCGCUCUGGGCCGUCUACACGGCGCUGGGCUACCACUGGCCCUUCGGCUUGGCCCUGUGCAAGAUCAGCAGCUACGUGGUGCUGGUCAACAUGUACGCCAGCGUCUUCUGCCUCACCUGCCUGAGCUUCGACCGCUACCUGGCCAUCGUGCACUCGCUGUCCAGCGGGCAGCUGCGGUCCCGCAGCACCAUGAUGGCCUCGCUGGCCUCCAUCUGGGCGCUGUCCUGCGUGCUGGCGCUGCCCACCCUGCUGUUCCGCAACACGGUGCGGGACGAGUUCAACCGCACCACCUGCGCCAUGGACUUCAGGCUGGUCACGCCCAGCCGCCAGCAGGAUUGGCUGUGGAUCGCCGGGCUCAGCCUCUCCUCCUCCGUCCUGGGCUUCCUCCUGCCCUUCCUGGCCAUGACCGUCUGCUACUGCUUCAUCGGCUGCACCGUCACCCGCCACUUCAACACCCUGCGCAAGGAGGACCAGAAGAAGCGGCGGCUGCUCAAGAUCAUCACCACCCUGGUGGUGGUCUUCGCCAUCUGCUGGACGCCCUUCCACGUGCUGAAGAGCCUGGACGCCCUGACCUACCUGGACCUGGCGCCCAGCUCCUGCUCCAUGCUCAGCUUCCUGCUGCUGGUGCACCCCUACGCCACCUGCCUGGGCUACCUGAACAGCUGCCUCAACCCCUUCCUGUACGCCUUCUUCGACCUGCGCUUCCGCUCGCAGUGCCUCUGCCUGCUCAACCUGAAGAAGACCGCGCACGGUCACAUCACCUCCCUCGCCACCCAGAAGUCCGAGGCGCAGUCGGCGGGCGUCAAGGUGUGACGGACGGACACCACCCCCCCCCACCCCCGGCGGGAAUGAGGUCGGGAGGGGGAGGGUUGCUGGACGGACGGCUGACCCCCCCUCCACCCUGCCUCUCUUAACACCAUGUAAGUACAUUUAAAAGACUGGACACUGUUCCUGUAAAGUAGCCAGUUGCUUGUGCUUGGAGGAGCGUGUAAGGAGAAGAGGAGAGACAAUGGCGUGAAAUGCGAGGGGAAAAACGACGCUUUGUUUGCGGACUGAGUUUGCGCGGGUCCGGCGCCUGAUUGGCCGACGGCGCUGCCGGGUCGCCGGGCAAGAGGGUCUGGUGUCGCGCACGGACACGAAACCGUUUCCACGGAGACGAGGGCCUCGUCGGCUCGAGACCGGGGGGUGCGGGGACCCCAACGGUUUCUCCCUCACGCAGAUCGGAUUUCUGACGAGGGACGAAUCUGUUCCUGGAGUGAGACGGACUCACCAGCACUGCCGAGAGUGUGUGGGGGGUUUCUGAAGGGAGGGGGCUGCGGGAGGUGCUGGGGCGGGGGCGGGGGGGGAAUAAGAGAAAUGUACAGUAUUUUCAUACUUUUGUUUCUGUCUGCGGCUGCUUGGCCGCUCUAGCACUUGUGUAAAGACGAGAGAGGGAAUCCCAUUAGCGUAUUUAUCCUGACGACCGUGUGUGUGUGUGUGUGUCAGUCGGGGAGGGCGCUGCAGACGGGGGUGGGACGGGGCGAUUAAUUUUGAGGGGGGAGGCGUGAGCCCUGGGGGGGUGCAGAUAGGCAGAUGGUCGCUGAUAUGUCCGGACGGAAGGGGCGUUUCCUCACGUUUAAGAGGUGGCCCCUUGAAGUGGUGGGGCAGAUAAAUGAAUUUGUCUUUUCGUUUCAUUUCUUUGCAAACGGCUGUGACUGACCACUGCAUGACACCGUACUUUUGUGCAUAUUUGUUAUUUGCAAUAAAGUCAUUUUUUUAUGAAGAA